GGGUGAUGGUGUUUGUUUGCUGCCGUCAUUUAAUGCGAUUUACCGUUGAAUCAUAGUUACAGGUAAUGACGAAAAGCUUUGAGUGUAUCAUUCCGCUGGAGGAAAAUUCUGGUUUACCAUCUCAAUGCAAGAGACCACAAUGAGUAUUUGCUGGAUAUUCAUGAUCUUCCUGAGCUGCAGGUCAUCUCACGUCGCUGAGUCUGCAGGCAACUGCUCCUGCAAAGACCAGCUAGAAAACAUCUGUGUGUCUGCCAGUUCCACUGUGCAAGUGCCAUGUCCAAAGGUGAUCGCCGAAGACGUCAAAUUUAGCCUCAUCAAGGACCAACAAGUGAUUUCCAACUACUCUUGGAACAAUGAAAAGAACACACAAAAGUGUGCAACAUGCACUCUGAACAGCACAGUGGGUGUGACACUGGAUAAGAACCCAGACGACGCAUCAGUCAGUUUCAUUCUCACUAAUGUUACUGUCAACAGCAACGGAAACUACACCUGUGUGGCCACAGUCGAGUUCCCACCCCCCAUGCUCAAUUACAUCCACGCUCCGAGAAUCCUGGUACAUGCAGAAGAACAGUGCAAAUGCAACCCCGAUCAUGGUGCCCAAAAUGCAUUUGGUGGAAAUCAAGUUCCUCUGUGGAUUUGGAUUGUGGGAUUUGCUGUUCUUGGUGUUUACAGCCUGAUUAUCACUGCCAUCUCCAUUUCCUCCUGUCUCAAGUUGAGGAAGACGGAGUCCCAGAACGACUACAUGAACACCAAACCUAGAGCACCCAACAACCAGAAGAAGAACAAAAGGGUUCAAAACCCUAUCCCACGGCACUUCUAAUUACCCACACUGCACCCCAUCAGGAGUUCAGACCUUUCUGACCCCCAAGUGCAGAACGCUGUCAAUUUUCAAGGUUUAUUUUUCUUCUGCACAGCAAAGGAAAUUCAGUUUGUUGUGCAAGUGUGGUUGCACAAAACCAUAACUGAGCCAAUAUCCAGGCCAUCGACAGUCGGAAUCCCCUUCUUUGUGGUCUCAGUCGAAACACAAGACGACAGCUGAAUGAGGGGAUUUAACCACAUUCACAGGGUUCAUUUAGUGUAACACUUUGUGGCGUGACUGCAGUUUCAUAUUUCACUUAAGAUGGUGUUAUUUGAUCUAAACAUGGAAAUCUCAUCACACUGAUUAGCACUCUGUCCUGAUUAUGUCUCCAACCUGAGCUUCACUGAACUUCUAAAAACAAAAGGAAAACCCUGAAAUGUCAUUAUGUUCUUCAACAUCACUCAGUUUGAUGAGAACAAUGCAAA